AUGAAUGGCGCCGUAGAAGCAGCCAAUAAGAAUAUCAAGAGAAUUGUGGGGAAGAUGAUCGAGACUUACAAAGACUGUCAUGAGAAAUUACCAUUUGCUCUCUUUGCUUAUAGAAUGUCUGUUAGAACUUCGACCGGGGUGACACAUUUCUCUCUGGUUUAUGGGAUGGAAGCAGUUUUACCUAUUGAGGUGGAAAUUCCUUCUCUUCGGGUAUUGGCUGAGUUAAAAUUGGAUGAGGCAGAAUGGGCUCAGUCUUGUUACGAUCAGUUGAACUUAAUAGAAGGGAAAAGGCUAAAGGCUAUUCAGCGCGAGUACUGUGGAUCUUCUAAGCACAGGUCGAAUUCAGAGUGGUCUUCGAAAAGUUUGCGCAGAGAAAUUCAAACUGCGAUAUUUGGGGCACCUAGUCUUCUCAAUAAUUAUAUCUUGGAAUACUUUUAA